AUGCAGUUCAGGUUCGCUCUGCUGGUUGUUGCAGCCGUUUUCCUCGUGCUCUGUGAUGGGCUUUCAGCCUCCACAGACGUCGACGCCGUGCGCUCCAAGACGGCCUUCUCGGGCCGUUUGAGCUCGGAAGAGAACGUCUCGAGCACCGACAAGCGCAACAGGUUCUUGCGGACCAGCAAGUUUGGCGAUGGCGACAGUGAUGACCGCUACGACACCACGGUGGAUGAAUAA